GAGCCUCUUCUGAAGAAAGUGUCGUUCAUGAUCACAGCUUUGGGUAAUUGUGGCUUUCAAGGAAUAUUUUCCCAUACUUAAUUUUCCUGUAUAAUCUCUCAACAGGAAUUUGUGCUCUUGGAAUUGGGAUGGUUGCCAAUCUAAAACGGAAAAGCUUACAAUGGGUACGUACGUAAUCAUGUGUUUAAAUAAAUCCGAUUUCUUGCAAUAAAAUUCGUGUUUUGCGCUGUCGUUGAUCUGAACUCAUUAACAAAUCAUGGAAGUGCUAACUCUUGUAGCCGCUCUGCUUGCUUUGAGCAUCACCCCUUACGGUGAGUGGAAAUUGCAGUGUUAGUUUACCAAAAAGCUCCUUCACAUAUUUUUGGCAAAACCUGAUCUUAAUCAGGGUUUAAGACAUACUGGAAAUUUUCGAACAAAGCUGGCUAGCACCCUUUUGUGGAUAAAACUCUUUAGAGAAAUAAUGAAAACCUCACAUUUCCGGAACAAAAUAAAAAGAAGUGCAUUUUUCAUUGGAAUAACAAAGUAUGUCCCGUCGUUAACAGCCAAGUGAAGCUAUCGUUUCGGUACGGAAAACCAUCAUUAAAUAGACAACCUGGCUACAUUUUUGAUACAUGUAACUUCGUUUUCUGAGUACACCUUUCUUCGGUAUGUAAUUAAGAGCUAUACUAUAAGGUGGAGACCUCGAACAGCGAUGCUCCAAGGUAAUUCUCUAAUUUUUCUCGUGGAUUGGUUUUGGAUGCGUUUCUUUCUUUUGAAUUAAUUCUUUUUUUACUCCAAACUUUUUUCCUAAUUCUCUCAAACAGCCCACUCCGUGAAGCUCUUGUACGCCAACCGACAUGACAUAAGGAUUAUUUCAACAAAUCAAAGUGACCAAAAGGAAACUACGAUCGUAGACACCCUUGAGGAUGCUAUUGCGUUGGACUUUGACUAUACGGAAGGAUUGGUAUUUUGGGCCGACGUUGGUCAGCAGAAAAUCGAACGCGUUCGUAUUUCACAAGAGAAGAGUGGGGAAAUCGAAGAUGUCAUUUCGUUUGGGUUAAAGAAGCCUGAGGGUUUAGCCGUAGAUUGGGUAGGAAAAAAGUUGUAUUGGACCGAUUGUAGCGAUUCUGACUGGGAAACGAACAGAAUCGAAGUUGCAAAUUUCAAUGGAUCAGAUCGCAAAGUUCUUUUUUGGAAAUACUUGGAUUUCCCCAGGGCUAUUGCCGUGGAUCCAUUAAAAGGGUACGUAAAACCUGGUUUCCUCAUUAAAAUGCCGUUCUAACAAUUAAUUUUCCAACAAAUAACUCAAUGAAACUAAAUUUGAAACACAACGAACGAACUACAUUAGUCGGAACAAACACUAUUGGACACAAACUUUCAAGAAUCUUUCUCUUUAAAGAAGUCUAUCGAUCAAGAUUUAUCUCAGUUUAUCCUUAUUGGCAAACUGAUGUCAUCUGAAAGAGACGAUAACAACGUCGAAGGCAUUUUACGCUUUUGAUAAAUGUCCAAAAUUGGCAAAAGUACGAUGAACUAUAUAAAUCUUGCCAACUCAAAAAUAGUUUUGGCGAAUAAUUUCCUAAAUCAAUCCUCAACCCUCUUAACAUGGGUGGAUCGUCACGCGUCUAUUGGAGACACACAAGCAACAAGCCAAUUAAACUUCAGGAUCAUGUGGAUAUCAUGCAUAUAUCUGGCAAUGAUAAUGCACAAUGAUAACAUAAUCUAAGUUUAAUUUUUGUAUCCCUUUGAUUUUUUACUUUUAUACUGAGAAAACAAGCACUCAUAACAUCACCUGUGGAGCAGUUGGUUGACAAAAACGCAUUCUAAACCAUAUUCAAUUCCGCUGAACGUUGUAUCCAAACGAUGGGUUUUGUGAACAAAGUCACGAAAGCUUGUAGCUAACUUUCUCUGGAAAGGCAUCUAUUCAGUUGUCAUAACUGCGGUCUAAGUUAGAAUCCAUUUAAAGAGGAAUAGGCUUAGGGUGUUAGUAACAUGGGUAGAACUUGUCAACAGUAGUCCUAAACUGGUUUCGUGGAGAAAUCUUUAUCCAUUUUCCGUGCCAUUGGCAAACUCCAGCCACGCACAAAAAAAAAGGGGCACGACAUCUAGAAAGAACUAGGAUAAUCUGCUGUAAAACGUGACCUACGGAAAAUAUCCUAAUUUCCAUUGCCCUAAAAUCUGACAUGAAAUUUUCCUAAUUAUCUUGUUUUUUUAAAUUCGUCGAUCACGUAAGGAGUAGAAAUACAUGUACGUGCUAUAGAAUUGUGAGCAACUUAUGCGCCCAAACUUUUUUUGCUCUUAGCGAGACUUUUCUCGCAAACAUUUCUCCACAUUUAAGUGAAAUGCUUUUCAUGCAGCCACAAAAUCUUAACGUUAUUUUAAAUACUUUUCAUUAAUUAUGAUUUUGGAAGGAAUUUCCUGAAUUUCAUGCUCAUGUAGUCUAUCAAUGAGUCAAUUCUAAUUUUAAAGUAGCCCAAAAAAAAAAAAAAUACAGUGCUGGCAACAGCCAAGAUAUGUUUGAUUGUAAAAGCUUUCAGCUAACCCUCUUAGCACUCAUCCUAUUAUUUAAGAGUUCUUCUGGCUUUCUGGUAAGCUGUUAAAACAGAUUGGCCACCCCACUUGACCUGUUGAGAUUUGAAAUAGCAAUUGCCAGCGAUUACAAGUGUCAGUAACUUGGAUGCAAAACAGAACCUACAUGGUCGCCGGGGAUGAUUUGGCAAUUGUGAGAUCUGUAUCGAAAAAAGGGUGUGUAUUUCAAAAACCACAAUAUCCGAAGUUUACAAAGGUGGUAAAUCAAAUUCCAUCAAGAUACGAAAAGACAAUUUAUCGAAAACUUGAAAUUAUUAUGCGACUACGUUUGUUGACCUAUUAAGUCCUUGCAAUCAUCGGAAAGACCUACUGGAAGAUAAUUAGCAUAGGUUUAUUAGACAUUCUUUCAUACCCCAGCAUGCCAGGCGUCUACCAGAGGCUUAAUUUUUUUUCCUGUUGUUUUAGUCACACAUUUCUUUAUGCGUGUUUUUUCUUUUUUGCAUGGCUUCUCUUCAUCAUUUUUUAUAUUGUCUACUUUUUUAUGUUUCUUUCCUAGCCCUUGCUCCAUUAUUUUUUGUCUUUUUGGGUUUUGAACAAACUUUAAGUUUGAUAAAUAGUAACUAUUUUAAAUGAACGCCAUGAUUAUUGUUAUUUUUUUUUACGGCUAGGUAUAUGUUUUGGACAGACUGGGGAGAGAACCCCAAAAUAGAGCGAGCUGAAAUGGACGGCUCCAAUCGUCGAGUCAUCAUUGAAAAAGACGUUCAUUGGCCAAAUGGGUUAGCAAUAGACUACAAAGCUGAGAAAAUAUACUGGGUGGAUGCAAAGUUGUUUCACAUAGCGGCUGCCAACUAUGAUGGUACAAAACGUAAGAACAUGUUCAAGUCUUCAACCCAAUGCACACUGGCUCAUCCAUUUGCUAUGACACUGUACGAGAACAAAAUUUUCUGGACAGAUUGGACAACUAAAGGGAUACACUGUACGAACAAGAGCUCUCUCGAAUGUAGAGAAAUCUGGACCACUAGCUAUUCGCCCAUGGAUAUUCGUACAUACGAGCCACAAAGACAGAGGCAAAAGCCAGGUAACGCACCUAUCUGCAUCAAUCUUCCUCACCCUAAGCAAUCAACAUUCAAUCUUUGUUCAUCAUUAUCUCUUUAAUAAAUAUCUAUCUUCGAAGUUGUUAUUUUGUGUUUCUCCCCAGUGUGAUAAAAAUUUUUUCGGCUCCUAAAAGAAGAAGAGGGAGAUCGCGAGUUAUAAUCCAUCAAAAAUUUUUGCUUGCGUGCGAUUGUCCUAAAUCCAUUACAUGACUCAAUAUUCCAAAGAUAAAACAUCGGAAGAUUCGGUGAUAUUCCCCAAGUGAUAUUCCCCAAUUAAGAACCUUGCCUCCGACGAUGGCCCUAUGAAAAGCUUAUGAUGCUGAAUUCAAAAUUAAAUAUCAUCUUGACGCAUUCGAGAGUCCGCAUCCUUAGCAUUCUUUUGAUUCAUACUUUAGGUCAAAAUCCUUGCAACUCCCCCACCAAUGGAGGAUGCAGUCAUUUGUGUUUGUUGAAUGCUCGAGGUCAUUCCUGCGCAUGCCCAACUGGAGUGAAACUGUUGUCAAAUGGUAAAACUUGUGCGAAAGGUGAGUUGGAUGUAACAUGAGAAACUAUCUUGUGCUGAUGAUGCUGAUAGCUCUUUCCGCUUAACAGGUUUCGAGACAAAUUUUAGAUAACUCAAAAUUGCUGUGAAGGCUCUGAUUGCCGUCAUACUUAAUUACAGAACUCUUUUUGAAAAGGCUGAGGAUUUUUCUGAACCGCCAAGAAAUGGCGAGCUUUAAUAUAUUGUUAAGGAAAGAAGGAUGAUUAGAUUUGUUCAAAUCCGGAUACGAGUUUUAUUUUCACAGGAAGUGCUAAGUUUUUACCCAAAUCUUUCUGUCUUUGCUCCUGUUUGGUAACGUAGAGUGAACGCGUUACAGCACAUGAAAAUUAAAUUGCGAAUUCGUUAGGUUUGUACGUCAGAAGAGAUCUUCUUACUUUCCUUGAGUAGUGUAAACUGAAAAAGUGGACCAAAUCCUGGCACGCAACCAAACAGAGCCAGCUUGUAACAUGGACGAAAGAUGUGAUCCACAACCUGUUCCUCUAAACUGGUAGAAUCGACGUCAGUGUGCUUUCCACGGUAUUAGGGAGUUUAAGAUUUAUGACAUGUGGGAAAACGUUGCCGAAAAAACGAACGUUUUUCUUUAAUAUGAAAUCUCGUCAGUAGCCAGAUGCGUCUACCGUUUCUGACGAUGCGACAUUUUCCCUUCGGCAGAACAUGCGAAUGUAGUGUUGAUUUCGAUCGAAAACAUGACUAAAUUGCUGCCGAGGUUACCUCUCUAAGCGGAAGUAGAAGUUGGUGAUUUUACGAUUCUGUUCUGUACGGAAAUGCUAUGAAAUUUAUUAAGUUUAAAACGCACGUGCUGCUCUUGGAUUAUUUUGUUUGGCUACGUCCUCGUUGCCGCCCGUCGUGAUUUCCUUUAAGUCCCUAUUUGUCGUUAAUCACUUUUGUAAAAAUCUUCAAACCGUGGGCGACAUUAAGCCAAACCUUACAAAUCCGUCAACCCUGUAAUUACAAGGACUGAUAAAUAUGUAAAGGAGUUCUGAGAACUGAGAAGCUUAUCAGCUUGAGAGUGUUGUUCUCUUAAUAUUACAACAAAUACUUCAGUCAAAUUUACAAGGAAAUGAAUGACAGCCAGAAGGAAGGGUUACUGAUCGGAUAUUGGGGGUUAUAGGGUUUACUUAUUCAAACCCGCAUUAUUCUUGCAGGGUUGUGCCAAAAGUGUAAUCAAAUCCUCCCAAACAUGCAAUUUGGAUGCUCUUUUUCCUGACCGUGAUAUAAUUAUCAAUUGGAUUAUGAUCUCCAGAUUUCUAUCGCGUGAUAGUUGAUGAAGGUGAAGCAAAGCUCUCAUGAACUUGCGCGUAAAGAAAUCGAGAGCGAAUGAUCUAAUUAUUUUAUCAUAAAUUUACUAGCUAGUCGUUUGGUACUCAGCUCCACAACGAUGAAGGUUCGUGCUAUUUUUCUCCUGUUUACAACAGCGUACCAUUUUGCCACGAACUAUAUUCUCAGCUACCAUCAAGACAUAAUUUACGUUGCCACUCAGAUGGCAGCACUUAUGAUAGCACGGUAGUACUUUCGCGUUAAUCUCUAAUGUCACAAGAUAAAUGUCUCGUUGUCAUGCGACGACAAACUAUGCAAAAUAUUUGCUUAUGCGAACCAAUGAAGCUGUCAUUUUCAUGAUAGGUCCUGCUAAUUUCCUAUUGGUGGCAAGAAAAGUGGACUUGCGCCGUAUAUCACUCGACACGCAUGAUCUACAUGAUGUACUUUUGCCAGUUUCCGGUGUGAGACAAGCUGCGGCCAUUGAUUUCGAUCCAGUGGACAAAUUUGUUUAUUGGAGUGAUAAUGAAGCGCUUGAAAUAAAGAGAUGCAGAAUGGAUGGGAAAGGUACGUAAUUCUCAUUGAUUAUUCUUCGUGUGUUACCGAGAAACCUUGAUGUAAUUAUGAGUUAUCUCGACAACACAGAGAGCUGCCCUAAGGUUAAAGUAACAAUAUUACAUUGAUAUAGUUUAUUCCUAAUUUUAUAUUAACUUUGGAAGAAAGCAUCAAAACUGAACAUAGGGAAAAUGAGAGCCCGUAACCGUGUUAAACCACCUUGAAAGAUUCUAUCACUACACUCUAGGUGUAGACGUUGUUCACAAAUUCAACCUAUGUUUUGAAAGCACUUAGCGAGCAGCUUGUGCUCUUUUAAAAUAUUUGUUGCUUUUGAAGGUCCCGUAAUUAAUUUACAUUGUUUUUCUUGGAUUAGAUGUUGAAGUAAUAGUAUCAAGUAAACUUGAAUAUCCCCAAGAUGUUGCAGUCGACUGGGUGGCGCGGAAUUUGUACUGGUCAGACACAGGAAAUGAUAGAAUUGAAGUCAGCAGACUGAAUGGGUCAGCUAGGAAAGUUCUCAUCGAUGACAAUCUUGACGAGCCAAGAGCAUUAGCAUUGGAUCCAGCUCAUGGGUACUUUUUUAAUAAAUACUGGACGAGGUUUAGCAAAAUAUCGAAUUUUCCGGUAGCGACCCGAUGAAUUAGUUCCAAAUCACGGAAUUCUCCGAAAAACCAACUCAAUGAUUUUUUUUGUUAUUCGAUUGCCGUGUUUCUUUAUCAUAAUUAUUUUCGAUAAUCGCCCUCUGACAGCUUAGCUGCUCAGUCUCCCAGUGGUUUCAAUGAAAACAGGUUGCCGGCGGUCUAUCGCUGUUGAGCCUGUUGAGGCUCUCGUGUUUGUGUUUCGCCUUAUGUCCCCCGUCAUGGGCACAGCCCCCUAUCACGCUAUAGGCCGCUGCGAAUCGAAAAAAAAUUAUUGUAACUCCUGAUGAUCUGCGAUUUUCGCCAAAGAUUGCGAGAACAACUACGCAUGAGUAGGAACAUGGUUUAAAGGCAUUGCGCAUGACCAUACCAUCAUUAACUUCGGCAGCAAUAUUUGCAGGUCUCUCGUCGGGCUCUUGGCUAAUGGGGAGGAAAGGAAUUUUUAAAGAUAUUAAUGAUUUAGAUUAUUAGUACAGUAUAAAGUAACUGGCUAUGAGUACUCAUGACUUCCAAAAUAAAUAUAGAUUUCAUUUUGGAAAAGUCCAAGAUGCAAGUUGAUACAAAUAGAAACUUUUAACAUUGUGUAAUGUUCCUCAAAUUUUCUUAAUUCUACCAGAUACAUCUUCUGGACAGACUGGGGAAAGAAGCCAAAGAUUGAACGCGCAGGACUGGAUGGGAGUCAUCGCAUCACUUUGGUGAACUCAUCUAUAGGUUGGCCCAAUGGUAUCACCAUUGAUUACCGUCGGGGUAAAAUCUACUGGGCAGACGCUAUGUUAGACAAGAUAGAGGUCAUGAACUUAAAUGGGAAAAACCGUAAAGUUAUCGUGGAUACAGAUGUACCACACGUUUUUGGUCUGACAAUUCUCCAUAAUCGUCUUUACUGGACAGAUUGGCAAAAAAGAUCAAUUGAAAGUGCGAAUAAACGAAACGGCAGAGGCAGAAGAGUUAUCAGAAAAGGUGUAACCAGUCUAAUGGGACUCAAGGCAGUCGACCUUCACUUCCGUUAUGGUAAAGGUGUUCUUUGUUGUUACUGUUGUUGUUGUUUGUUCCUUCUAUCCAAAUGUGAACCAUUGAAUUAGAUUGAAGUUAAGACAGACGUCUAUCGUUCACGCUCAAUAUCUAACUUUCACCUGGCGAAGGAAGUUAUAUCUCUCCCUUCUUCACAAAUCUCUUUGAACGAUCUCCCCCCUUUAUUUUAAUUUCCUCUUCAGGGCUGUCUUUCAUUGACCUGCGUUUUUUGGGGUGCGGUAAUGCACAAGAUCGCUUGGACUUCGUCCGUACCCUCAGAUUCACUGAAUAGCAAAUUCUUAGGAAUACGAUGCCUGGUGGGAUACCCCGCACUAAAUUUAGGCUCGAAGCCCACGGCAACCAGGUGUGCCGCACCCAAAUUAAACAACAUCGGUGGAAAUGAGUCCACAUGACUAUAAAAACACCUUGCAUGGUUCUAUGCCCAGCAUGACGCUGGUAAUGGAACCCUACAGGAAAUCGCUCUUAUGCAUUUAGGAACUCUUGAUUAAAGAAUGUUCUCAACUUUUUAUUAGGUGUUAAUCCUUGCCAGAGAAAUAAUGGGGGCUGUAGUGAUUUAUGUUUGUUCGGACCGUCAGGAGUUAAAUGUGAAUGUCCAACGGGAAUGAAACUACUUGUUGACAAAAAGAAUUGUAUUUGU